CCAAGUACAGGUCUGAAAAUGAAAUAUGUGAUCAGGAUUUUAUCGAGGAUGAUAAAUGGUAUCGUUUCGACAGUAUAACUGGAACAACAAUGCCAACUAAAGAUCCGGGACUCCGCUCUUGUGGCACAUAUGGAGCGCUCUGGUUCAGGGGAAUACACCCGACAACUGAUAACGUGAUUGUCGACGCUACUGCUUGUGCACGCUGGCCGUUUACUCUGCCUACUGAAUGUGGUAUAUCAUACAAAAUAAAAGUAAUAAAAUGUGGACCAUUUUAUUUGUAUCGAUUGAAAAAGCCUCGUCGAUGUAAUGUGGCGUAUUGUGCAGGUACUAAAGAUCUUCCUGCAAAUUGUAGAAUAACAACAAAUGGGACAAUUUGUUCAGAUGUUAACGAAUGUCUUUCAAAUCCCUGCAGCCAAAGUGCUACAUGCAUUGAUAACGAAGGGUCAUACGAGUGUCGCUGUAACAAUGGAUAUUCUGGAAAUGGGUUCUCCUGUAUAAACAUCAAUGAAUGCUUGUCCAGCCCUUGUAACAUCAGCGCCAUCUGCAUUGACACUAAAGGAGCUUUUGAAUGUAGAUGUCGUCAAGGUUUCUCUGGCAAUGGAUUUUCUUGUACAAAUAUCAACGAAUGUCUUUCGAAUCCUUGCAACAAAAGUGCUAACUGCACUGACAAUAAAGGAUCAUAUGAAUGUCGCUGUAAAGAAGGAUAUUCUGGAAAUGGAUUCUUUUGUACAAAUAUAGACGAGUGUUUGUCUGAUCCUUGUAACAUUAGUGCUAACUGUACUGACACUGAAGGAUCUUUUAAAUGUCAAUGUAAUGAAGGUUUUUCAGGCAAUGGAUUCUCUUGUACAAAUAUGAAUGAGUGCUUGCAUAACCCCUGUGACGUCAAUGCUAAUUGUACUGAUACUGAAGGAUCGUUUAAAUGUCAAUGUAGUGAAGGUUAUUCUGGAAAUGGAUUCUUUUGUACAAAUAUCAACGAAUGUCUUUCGAAUCCUUGCAACAAAAGUGCUAACUGCACUGACAAUAAAGGAUCAUAUGAAUGUCGCUGUAAAGAAGGAUAUUCUGGAAAUGGAUUCUUUUGUACAAAUGUAGACGAGUGUUUGUCUGAUCCUUGUAACAUUAGUGCUAACUGUACUGACACUGAAGGAUCUUUUAAAUGUCAAUGUAAUGAAGGUUUUUCAGGCAAUGGAUUCUCUUGUACAAAUAUGAAUGAGUGCUUGCAUAACCCCUGUGACGUCAAUGCUAAUUGUACUGAUACUGAAGGAUCGUUUGAUUGUCAAUGUAGUGAAGGUUAUUCUGGAAAUGGAUUCUUUUGUACAAAUAUCAACGAAUGUCUUUCGAAUCCUUGCAACAAAAGUGCUAACUGCACUGACAAUAAAGGAUCAUAUGAAUGUCGCUGUAAAGAAGGAUAUUCUGGAAAUGGAUUCUUUUGUACAAAUGUAGACGAGUGUUUGUCUGAUCCUUGUAACAUUAGUGCUAACUGUACUGACACUGAAGGAUCUUUUAAAUGUCAAUGUAAUGAAGGUUUUUCAGGCAAUGGAUUCUCUUGUACAAAUAUGAAUGAGUGCUUGCAUAACCCCUGUGACGUCAAAGCUAAUUGUACUGAUACUGAAGGAUCGUUUAAAUGUCAAUGUAGUGAAGGUUAUUCUGGAAAUGGAUUCUUUUGUACAAAUAUCAACGGAUGUCUUUCGAAUCCUUGCAACAAAAGUGCUAACUGCACUGACAAUAAAGGAUCAUAUGAAUGUCGCUGUAAAGAAGGAUAUUCUGGAAAUGGAUUCUUUUGUACAAAUGUAGACGAGUGUUUGUCUGAUCCUUGUAACAUUAGUGCUAACUGUACUGACACUGAAGGAUCUUUUAAAUGUCAAUGUAAUGAAGGUUUUUCAGGCAAUGGAUUCUCUUGUACAAAUAUGAAUGAGUGCUUGCAUAACCCCUGUGACGUCAAUGCUAAUUGUACUGAUACUGAAGGAUCGUUUGAUUGUCAAUGUAGUGAAGGUUAUUCUGGAAAUGGAUUCUUUUGUACAAAUAUCAACGAAUGUCUUUCGAAUCCCUGCAACAAAAGUGCUAACUGCACUGACAAUAAAGGAUCAUAUGAAUGUCGCUGUAAAGAAGGAUAUUCUGGAAAUGGAUUCUUUUGUACAAAUGUAGACGAGUGUUUGUCUGAUCCUUGUAACAUUAGUGCUAACUGUACUGACACUGAAGGAUCUUUUAAAUGUCAAUGUAAUGAAGGUUUUUCAGGCAAUGGAUUCUCUUGUACAAAUAUGAAUGAGUGCUUGCAUAACCCUUGUGACGUCAAAGCUAAUUGUACUGAUACUGAAGGAUCGUUUCAAUGUCAAUGUAGUGAAGGUUAUUCUGGAAAUGGAUUCUUUUGUACAAAUAUCAACGGAUGUCUUUCGAAUCCUUGCAACAAAAGUGCUAACUGCACUGACAAUAAAGGAUCAUAUGAAUGUCGCUGUAAAGAAGGAUAUUCUGGAAAUGGAUUCUUUUGUACAGAUGUAGACGAGUGUUUGUCUGAUCCUUGUAACAUUAGUGCUAACUGUACUGACACUGAAGGAUCUUUUAAAUGUCAAUGUAAUGAAGGUUUUUCAGGCAAUGGUUUCUCUUGUACAAAUAUGAAUGAAUGCUUGCAUAACCCCUGUGACGUCAAUGCUAAUUGUACUGAUACUGAAGGAUCGUUUAAAUGUCAAUGUAGUGAAGGUUAUUCUGGAAAUGGAUUCUUUUGUACAAAUAUCAACGGAUGUCUUACGAAUCCUUGCAACAAAAGUGCUAACUGCACUGACAAUAAAGGAUCAUAUGAAUGUCGCUGUAAUGAAGGAUAUUCUGGAAAUGGAUUCUUUUGUACAAAUGUAGACGAGUGUUUGUCUGAUCCUUGUAACAUUAGUGCUAACUGUACUGACACUGAAGGAUCUUUUAAAUGUCAAUGUAAUGAAGGUUUUUCAGGCAAUGGAUUCUCUUGUACAAAUAUGAAUGAAUGCUUGCAUAACCCCUGUGACGUCAAUGCUAAUUGUACUGAUACUGAAGGAUCGUUUAAAUGUCAAUGUAGUGAAGGUUAUUCUGGAAAUGGAUUCUUUUGUACAAAUAUCAACGGAUGUCUUACGAAUCCUUGCAACAAAAGUGCUAACUGCACUGACAAUAAAGGAUCAUAUGAAUGUCGCUGUAAUGAAGGAUAUUCUGGAAAUGGAUUCUUUUGUACAAAUGUAGACGAGUGUUUGUCUGAUCCUUGUAACAUUAGUGCUAACUGUACUGACACUGAAGGAUCUUUUAAAUGUCAAUGUAAUGAAGGUUUUUCAGGCAAUGGAUUCUUUUGUACAAAUAUGAAUGAAUGCUUGCAUAACCCCUGUGACGUCAAUGCUAAUUGUACUGAUACUGAAGGAUCGUUUCAAUGUCAAUGUAGUGAAGGUUAUUCUGGAAAUGGAUUCUUUUGUACAAAUAUCAACGGAUGUCUUACCAAUCCUUGCAACAAAAGUGCUAACUGCACUGACAAUAAAGGAUCAUAUGAAUGUCGCUGUAAAGAAGGAUAUUCUGGAAAUGGAUUCUUUUGUACAAAUGUAGACGAGUGUUUGUCUGAUCCUUGUAACAUUAGUGCUAACUGUACUGACACUGAAGGAUCUUUUAAAUGUCAAUGUAAUGAAGGUUAUACUGGCAAUGGACAUUUUUGUACAAAUAUUAACGAAUGCCUUUCUGAUCCUUGUAAAAUCUAUGGAAAAUGUACUGAUAGUGAGGGAUCGUAUGAAUGUCACUGUAGAGAAAGAUGCUCCGAUGAUGACAGUUUUUCCGUUAUAAUGGGCAUAAAAUAUACUGGAUUUGCUGGAGGUUUACUACAAAUUACGUGCCGUUUUAAUGGUCCAUCUACACCAAGUUUUGUAUGGAAAAAUGGUAGCCAAUUGCUCUCUUUUUCGGAAAGAAUAAAAAUUGAAACCAAUGGCAAAAUCUCAAAUCUUUUUGUUCGCAAAACGCUAAAAACUGAUUCCGGUUUUUACCAUUGCAUCGCAAGGAAAGCUGAAUACAUCAUUUAUAGCAAUGUCUCUAUUAAAGUAAAAGUCGCUCCAGUUGUGUCUGUUUUUCCACACUCAAUAUCUACUAAAGAAGAUGACGUAGUGUUACUCACUUGUCAUGUGCUUGAAGGCGAUGAGAAAAAUAUAGAAAUUUUAUGGUUCAACAAGUCAUUUCCAAAAGCUCACAUGGAUCGAGGAAGGCAACUUAAUCUUACAAACCUCGUCAAGCUAACAGAUCGUAAAAGUUUUUCAGAAGAGUAUUGGUGCACUGCUAAAAACUCAGAUGGUAAAAAUCGAAGUCAGAACGUAAAAGUUGUCUUAGUGUCAAAAGGUUUCACUGACUUCUGCUCAAAUGAAUCAUCUGGUAGUUAUGUUUGGAAGAAAACUCCAGUUGGAUCAACUGUCGUUAUUGACUGCGGCCAAAAUCAGAUAGGAAUAGCUUCCAGGUCUUGCUCACUCGUCGCCGGAAACCCAAAAUGGCGUCCUGUUGAUAUUUCGAAAUGUAGAUCAGAAGUAGUCGUAGAUCUCGUGGAUCAGGUAUCAAGGCUUGAUGAAGGUUUCGCAAGUAACGUCAGUGAAAUUAUAAAAAAAACAGAAACUGUUACAGAUGUUGGUAAAUUAUUGCAAAAGGACGUCGAGGAUCUCGUGUCGAUUUUAAAAAUAACACAAAAUAAGACAGCGACUCAAAGUGAUCGCGAGAACUUCAUUCGAUCUUCCAGCAAUAUUGUUGGCCGUGGACAAAGAAAUGUGUGGAAAAACAUACCGGAAAGAAACACUUUAGCAAGACAAAUUAUCAGCGGCGCCGAUCUUAAUGCUAAAAAAUUUGUCGCCGAAAGUAAAAAAAUUGGUAAAGUGGUUUCAUUCAAGACUACUAACAUUCAGGUAAUUGGUAUAAAACUCCCUGAAAAACCAAAAAAUCGAUCCAAAGAAAUUAAACUGGUAGACACAGGCGGUCAGGGCGUUCGAUUUCACACAAGUCUUGCGAACGGUCUACAACAAGCCACUGUUGUAAAGUACUCGUCAAUUAAGGAUAUUUUAUCUUCUGAAGAACUGAAAAAAUCUGUAGAUAAAACUAUAAAGUCAAGUGGAAAUUUAACCAUCCAGAGUACGAUCUUGUCUUUCACCACCACACCAAAACUUUAUGUUACCCAAGCUAUUCAAAUUAUCUUGAAAAAUAAUCAGAGUGGUUUUGAUGACCCUAAAAGAGAAUGUGUGUUUAUUGAGCCGGAUGUCAAUGGUAGCAAAUGGAGUGGUGAAGGAUGUAUGCUAAAUGAAACAGAAUCCUCAGAAGACAGCGUCAUAUGUGAUUGUGAUCACAAUACAGCUUUUGCUAUAAUGAUGGAUACAGCUGGUGUUAAGCUAACUGAAACUGAACGAGAAAUCUUGGAAUAUAUAUCAAAUAUUGGAUGCUCUAUAUCGCUUUUUGGUGUAGUUUUAACAUUGCUAACACACGUGUUGUUUUGGAAACAUGUAAAAUCGCCAAAAUCAAAAGUUUUGCUGUGUCUUUGUAUUGCUAUUGGUUUUACCGACGUUUUUGCUAUAUUGGAAGGUGUUUCAAGAUAUAACCCGGAAUUUUGCUCAGCUGUUGCUGCUCUUUUGCAUUUCUUCCUCCUGUCUGUCUUUGGCUGGAUGUUGUGUGAGGGGAUUCUUCUAUACAUAAUGCUUAUACGAAUUUUUGAUGGCGUUCGUGGAAAACAUUGGAAAAUCUUCAAUCUUAUUGGCUGGGGUGUUCCAUUGAUUAUAGUUUCCAUAUCACUUGGCGCUACUCGAGGCAAAGGAUACGGUUCAGAUAAUUCUUGUUGGUUGAGUGUUGAGAGUAAACUAAUCUUAGCAUUUAUUGUUCCUGCAUCCCUAGUCAUUACGGCGAAUACAGUAGUGCUUUUCAUGGUAAUCUAUAAAGUGUUAAACAGUCACAAAGUAAGACAACAAGAGAAUCUACAGAAAGUAAAGACGGGUUUAAAAGCUACCAUCGUAGUUCUACCUCUUCUUGGUUUAACGUGGUUGUUCGGUUUGAUGACAUUCAAUCGAGAGACAAUAGUCUUCCGCUAUCUUUUUGCCAUCUUCAAUUCCGCUCAAGGAAUAUUUAUAUUCCUUUUUCAUUGUGUCCUAAAUAAACAGAUGCGAGAUGUUGUUCGACAAAAUACUCAAAGCACUUUCUUUUCAAGCCUUGGAAUGAAAAAAUCAUCCCACUCGCAAAAUGUUUCUUCUAGUUCUGCAAGAUCCAUGAGUUUGAAUGCAAGGCAUGAAAAGACAAAAAGUACAGAAAGAUCACAUUUGGAGGAAAGCUCAGUACAUUCCAAUGAGAUAACCCAUCUUUUGCACGACAACACCGAUGCAUUUCAAUCGUCUACACAAAGUGGAAUUCCUAAAAAUAACGAUCAUGGGAUGUUAAAGCUCGAUGGGAAAAUAGUAACAAAUGACGAAUCACCAAAUUUAUUAUGUUUGGAAAAUAUUGAUGAGAAAGCUUCUUCAGUAGUGUAACAACAUAUCAAACAUACAGUACUCUGAUCAACUAAAGAUAAACUUGCCUAAUUGCCACUAAUUUCACAUAAUAUUGACUAAGUUUAAUAAAAAAAAUUAAAGCUACUUAUGUAGUUUCAAUGCAUGCAGUUUUAACUACAACGAUAAUUUUCUUUUAAGCAUCAAUAAAAAUAAGUAUAGCUACGUAUAUUCAUAUCUAAUUGUAAUUAUAUCUUGUUUAAAGAAUGAAAUUUAAAUCUAGAGACAUUAGCUGUUGAAUUGUUUGUGCAAUAAAACCAUAAGAAGAAUGAAUAAAGAAUGAAAAGUCGACUACCUUUAGUUGUCAACUUUGAAAA